GUCGACCAAUAAGAUCUUGAACAGUGUCAACUUCAACUCCGCCUGGCUUACGCUUAAUUUUGAUUUCGAUUGCCUUUGCCGUAUAUUUGCGUUGAAUCUUUCCAGAAUACCGAAUGGACGCGUGGUUUGGAGUAGCGUAGUGUAGCUUGUUGUAGCCAUGUCAACAAUUCUGCAAACAAGAAAUGAUUGGAGUUACAGGAAAAUCGUGUGCCUUUGUUUGUCGGUGUCUUAUCCUACCAAUGAUUUUAUUGCCUUUAGUCCAACCUUGCCUGACAUCAUUGGCGAGUUGGAGUGAAGAUUUUCAGCUCAAAUAUUCACAUUUCCCAGAGAGCUUAAGGCUAGAGAUGGUCAAUGAAACCAAAAAAAUGUUCUAUUUUGGAUAUGAUAACUAUAUGAAUCUUGCAUUUCCCUUGGACGAGCUCAAUCCUAUACUUUGCAAUGGAAGAGGUCCUGACUAUGAUAAUCCAUCUAAUAUCAAUAUUAAUGAUGUCCUUGGAAACUACUCUCUUACUUUGAUUGAUUCAUUAGACACCCUAUUGAUAAUGGGCAAUAUCUCAGAAUUCAAAAAGGCAGUCAAGCUCGUCAUUGAAAAUGUUUCUUUUGAACAGGAUUCAACCAUACAAGUGUUUGAAGCUAGCAUUAGGCUUUUGGGUGGUCUGUUAUCAGCCCACUUAUUAAUUAUAGAUAAGUACAAAUAUCUUGGUGAUUUGCAGCUGGAUGAUUAUGACAAUGAGUUAUUGGAUAUGGCCCAUGAUCUUGCAGCUAGAUUACUGCCUGCUUUUGAUAAUACUAAAACAGGAAUUCCUCAUCCAAGAGUUCAUUUGAUCAAUGGUGUUCCACUUGAGGGAAUUACUGAAACCUGCACAGCAGGGGCAGGAACACUUCUAGUUGAAUUUGGAAUUUUAAGCCGCCUAAUUAAAGAUCCCGUUUACGAAAAUUAUGCUCGACGAGCAGUCAAAUCUCUGUGGGAUCUGAAAAACAAGGAUACGGGUCUUUUGGGUAACACGCUAGACAUUCAAACAGGGAAAUGGACAGGACAAUUAAGUGGCAUAGGAGCCGGUAUGGAUUCAUACUACGAGUACCUACUAAAGUCUUUCAUAUUGUUUAACGAACCAGAGGAUCUCGAAACAUUCCAACAUAGCUAUGAGACCAUUAAAGCCUAUUUGAGGAAAGGUCGAUUGAAGUGUAAUGAUGGUGACGGCGAACACCCUAUCUAUGUCAAUGUCGACAUGAAAAGCGGAGUGACUUCCACCACUUGGAUUGAUGCGCUUCAGGCGUCCUUCGCAGGGCUUCAAGUGUUGUACGGGGACGUAGAAGAAGCUAUUUGUAGUCACGCUUUGUAUUACGCUGUAUGGAAAAAAUGGGAUGCAAUACCCGAACGAUUUAACUGGCAGCGGAAAGAACCAGAUGUUUCCUUUUACCCGUUGAGGCCAGAGUUUGCCGAAUCAACUUAUUUACUGUACCAGGCCACGAAAAACCCGUUUUACUUGAGGGUUGGCCAAUCAAUUCUUGAAAGUCUCAACCUGUACGCUCGAGCCCCUUGCGGAUACGCAACGCUGCACAGCGUCAUUGACAAGUCACAGGAGGAUCGAAUGGAAAGUUUCUUUCUCAGCGAAACUUGCAAAUAUCUAUAUCUACUUUUUGACAUUCAUCAUCCUAUUAAUGUCAACGCCGAAAGAUACCUGUUCACCACAGAGGGUCAUGUCAUACCUAUCACUGCCUCCCUUAGAUCUUUCGACUGGGACGAUGAAGAGGACGAUAGCCUCACCAGAAGAUUAUUGCCUUCCUUCCGGCCACGGAACAGUCAUGGUCGUCAUGUGUCUCGAUCUUUCGACUCAGAAGCGGUUACCGUGCCGAAAAACAGUACCCACAGUGUCUGCUCUUCGGUUUCGUUGGAGCAUGGUUCCCUUCCUCUGAAACAACGCUACCUCGUUCAGUUAUUUGAUACAAUCGGAGCUGAAUUAUAGGUCAUGAACUGAUAAAAUUUUUUCUGUUUUAAAGAAAAGUGGUAUUGGAUUUAGCUUUUUUUUUGGUUACCAUUUUUUUCUUCUGAGAUCCAACAGAGGUCCAACUAUAAUGUUGUUUUGUCGUGCGAUAGCUUAUAGAAAAUUUGGCCUUUUACAAAACACUUACCACUUUUUAAGAACCUAUUUAAAAAGCCUUUACACAGAUGAAAAAUACAUAUAAAUUUAUUGUUAGGCAAAAUGCCAAAUGGAUAA